CUUUCAUUUUCUUGCAUGAAACCUAAAAGGCACUAAAAAUGACCAUAGGCCAAUGUUUAUAUUCAGUUUGUUUAUUUCAUUGGUGUCUUAUGCCGUACUCAGGAAUAGUUCACUUAUAUAAUGGCAACUGGCAGGAAAGAAAGCGGGAAGAGCGAGGGGGAAGCCAUAGGCCUAAGGCUUCAUUUAGGCCUAAUGGUGUGGGAAGAAACAACAGGCAGAAUUAAUCUCAGUCGUCUGACCUAUCCUCAUAUUUCUCAGGGCUGGUCAGAUUUUAGAAAUUGUGGUGUAGGUUAUCUCCCUGUAUUCACUCUUCAAAUGCAAAGGGAAAUGGCGCCAAAGAUGAUCUGCUUGUCAAAGUGGAAUCGUAGAUUUUCGUUGCGCUCGUUCGACAUUCUCUCUUAAACUUGAGUGUUUCCUAAGAUUUCUAAGAUUCUAGGAAGAAAGAAAAUACGCUUUGCGUGACUGGACGGAGAGCGCAUCAGUCAUGUCUUUAGUGGUAGAGAGCAUUGUAUGCGUGCCGUAGGUCACAACAGCAACAACAACAUAGACAUGAGACAAAUCCAUCUCGGCUGUCCAUGCGAGUAUUUGGUUUUCAGGACUAACACCAUACUUCCUGUGUGACUGAAGUUUAGUAGGAGGGGAUGGAGAUGGAUCUGGAAACUGAGAUGAGUGUGUUCAGUGAGGAGCUGUUCAUGGCUAGGCUGGAGGAGCAGUGUUUACACCCUAAUCUCUCCUCUGGCACACCGUCCGAGAAGGCUGACCUCAUCAGGAAUGUCCUUGUGCAUCAGUUCCAUGCCAGAGCUCAGGGCAUUAUAUCAGACACAGCACUGAAAAAAGUCCAGGAUCAGUACUGGGACAUGUACAGCAAAGUUGUGGAUAACUUUGAUGUGAAGGAAGGUCUGAAUAAUUAUGCAGAAGGUGCCUUGGCCUUGUGUAACUUAGGAAGAAAUGAGAGUCAGGCAUGGAAGUCCUCUCUCAGUCUCAAGACUUUCCUGUCGUCCUCAGCUGGUGGGCGAUUUAGAAAAUCGUGUCAGGUUUCAGCAAAUACCGAGUCUUGUGAUACACCUAAUCAGGUGGUGAAGAUAAGAACUGAUGUGAAGCUACCUGAGAGAGGGGUCAUGUCCACAGAACAGAAGCAGACCCAGGGACAGACUGGGGUCAGCAUAAGGGGCCAGAGGAUGUCAGAACAGACCACUGAUAUCCCAGGCAACAACCAGGUGUUCACAUCUAAGGUUCAGAACCCCUUCUACAAGCAAAUGACCAACAAAACCCAGGACUCUGGCCAUCAAAUGCCUUCUAAACUGAACAGUUUACCUGGAAGGAAACAAAACAGUUUUUCAUUCAAGAAAGGGCUGAAUUGUGCAGAGAACACUUUACCUUACGAUCUACCCCCUGGCUGGGAUGACCCUUCCUUAGCUGAGCCCAGUGUUCAGCGUCAGCCCCCCUCAGGGAUUGAGCCUAAUUAUAACAGACCACGUUACCAUGGUGAUCAAGAAGUACCGAGGAAACCACUGUUUGCUUCAGGCGGAGGUCCCACUAGUGCUUUGAGAGGGAGGUCCUAUGGCAGCCACCAGCCCGCACAGACACCUCCAAGCUUUUACAGGAGAGCUGAAGUGGGUAGAGAGAACCCUGACCCAUUCAAACAAGAGGCAGAUGUGGACGAGGACAGCGCAAUCGGUCCAUUCAGAACAGCAAAGGAACAGCUGUCGAUAAACCAGCAGAAGAAGUAUGGACAGAACAGGGGGCCAGUUAAACCUGCCUCUUAUGGAAAUGUGAAAAAGUCCUUAGGAACAAGAAGAGGCCCAGGCAGUAAGUUUGUUCCUCCAGUUGUUGGACGAGAGGAAACAGGGGACAGCAACCUCAUCCUUCGUAAAGCCGGGCCAAAUAAAGCUUGCCCUGGUGGAGAAGAGCCUGUUGAUGAGAGACUGAAGGGCUUGGAGCCAAAAAUGAUUGAGCUUAUCAUGAAUGAGAUCAUGGACCACGGUGCCCCUGUUGCGUGGGAUGACAUCGCUGGGCUGGACUUUGCCAAGAAAACCAUAAAAGAAAUAGUUGUAUGGCCUAUGCUUAGACCUGAUAUAUUCACAGGGUUAAGAGGACCCCCAAAAGGCCUGCUGUUGUUUGGCCCUCCAGGCACAGGCAAGACUUUAAUUGGUAAAUGCAUAGCCAGUCAAUCAAAGUCGACUUUCUUCAGCAUCAGUGCCUCCUCUCUGACGUCAAAAUGGGUGGGGGAGGGCGAGAAGAUGGUGAAGGCCUUGUUUUCUGUGUCACGGUGUCACCAGCCAGCUGUGAUAUUUAUUGAUGAGAUUGAUUCCUUGUUAUCUCAAAGAACGGACGGUGAACAUGAAGCCUCACGGAGGAUAAAGACCGAGUUUCUUGUACAGUUGGAUGGAGCUACCACAGAUUCUGAUGAAAGGCUGCUUGUGAUUGGGGCAACAAACAGGCCUCAGGAAAUUGAUGAGGCAGCUAGACGGCGGUUUGUGAAACGUCUGUACAUCCCUCUUCCAGAGAAGCUUGCUCGCCAACAGAUUAUCCUAAACUUACUCUCCUCUCAGAGGUAUCAGCUGUCAGAACAGGAGUUGAUGUCCAUAUGCGAGAAAACUGAAGGAUAUUCUGGGUCUGACAUGGCCAACCUGUGCCGAGAAGCUGCCCUAGGACCAAUAAGUAUCUCCUUCACUGAGAUAGAGCAGAUUACUGCUGAGCAGGUGCGCCCAAUUACCUUUGAGGAUUUUGUUGAGGCAAUCAGGCAGGUGCGAGCCAGUGUGUCCACGAAAGACCUUGACUCUAAUAUAGACUGGAACAAGCUCUACGGCUGUGGCGGGAAGUGACCCCGCUGAGUACACCCUUGAUGGUCGUCUUGGUGACUAGGUGAGAUUCUGAGGACUGGAAGGUGACAUCUUCCAUUUGGUCAGAAAGACAGUCUACACCUUGGAUUAUUGACUGUAAUGCUUUAAACAGGAGUUGUAUUCAUUGUUGUCUUACUGUGCUGAAUAAAUUAUUCAGUUUUUCUCUUGGUUUUGACUUGCUGUAUUC